CUCACCUAGUUUCCUGCACAGAUAUCCUGUUUCCUUCAGACUAGUUAGAAGUAGACCUAAUUUCCAUUUUCGAGACACUUGACACCCACACAAUCGAGUACCCUAUAGAGAACACGACAACUGAAACAAAGUAGCUAAACCGAAUAGAGCUCUGUACGGAGCUUUGCACGCGUAGACAUUCCGCUGCGCCGAUGGUUGCCGAGAGACUGAAGCGUGCGAGUGCUGUACCUCGCUGCGGCGAUACGGUACGGCCGGGUAGUACAGCCACGCCCCUUUCCAGCUCCCACUCCGCGCGUCUGCUCCCGAGGCGACUCGAUGUUUACGUUGACCGGUACGGCACUCACAUGCUUCAGUCUCUCGGCAACCGUCGCCGAAGCGGUAUGUCUACGCGUUCGCAGCUCCAUGCAGAGCUCUGUUCGGUUCAGCUACUUCAGUAGUAGUUCUCACU